GCUUUCUCCAGGUGUUGUAAACCUUACUCGGAAUAUAUUCAAUCAUACUAGUGGGAGUAGUGUCUCUAGUCACAGUAUGUGGUCAUUAAUGGGAUUUAUAUCAAAACUAUCAUCGUUGUGUCCGGAUCUUGCAGGUCUGGCUUCAAUGCAUCUACCAUUCACAAUGUCAUACGCAGUGAGUACCUUGGGCGGGGUGGACGUGUAUUUAUUCUCUCAGAAUUUUUACAUUUUGAAAACGAAAUUAUUCAAUGAAGACCAUUCAGUGGAUCGGAGUUCUACUCCUCAUUGGAGAUAUCAUUUCCCCCAUCACACUUUCAUUAAACACAGACGAGGUAUGUUGGAUAUACUGUGAACCUGGUAAUUGCUUGAAUGAAGUAAAUACGACAUGUAUGACUACAGACUGGGAAAAAGUAACGGAUGUAUGGGUUAACAACGAUUGCCAGCCUUCUAAGUUUCAAUUCAAAUUCACUUAUGAAUACAUCGAUUGUGAAACAGGAAAAAGACUUGAACAACCAACUUUCAUGACCCCACAGACUCCCAGCCAAUCAGUGACCGUACCCCUUAAUUCUCCAAUCAUAUUGCACCGUCUACCCAUCCAAAGAAAUCCAUACAAACUACCCAGGCAAAGAAAUCCAUCUAAACUACCCUGGCAAAGAAAUCCAUACAAACUACCGAUGCACAAACUACCCAGGCAAAGAAAUCUAUACAAACUACCGAUGCACAAACUACCCAGGCAAAGAAAUCCAUCCAAACUACCGAUGCACAAACUACGCAGGCAAACAAAUCCAUCCAAACUGCGCAGGCAAACAAAUCCAUCCAAACUACCGAUGCACAAACUACCCAGGCAAAGAAAUUCAUACAAACUACCGAUGCACAAACUACCCAGGCAAAGAAAUCCAUACAAACUACCCAGGCAAAGAAAUCCAUCUAAACUACCCUGGCAAAGAAAUCCAUACAAACUACCCAGGCAAAGAAAUCCAUCUAAACUACCCUGGCAAAGAAAUCCAUACAAACUACCGAUGCACAAACUACCCAGGCAAAGAAAUCCAUACAAACUACCGAUGCACAAACUACCCAGGCAAAGAAAUCUAUACAAACUACCGAUGCACAAACUACCCAGGCAAAGAAAUCCAUCCAAACUACCGAUGCACAAACUACGCAGGCAAACAAAUCCAUCCAAACUGCGCAGGCAAACAAAUCCAUCCAAACUACCGAUGCACAAACUACCCAGGCAAAGAAAUUCAUACAAACUACCGAUGCACAAACUACCCAGGCAAAGAAAUCCAUAUAAACUACGCAGGCGAAGAAAUCCAUAUAAACUACCCAGGCAAAGAAAUCCAUAUAAACUACGCAGGCGAAGAAAUCCAUAUAAACUACCGAUGCACAAACUACCCAGGCAAAAAAAUCCAUACAAACUACGCAGGCAAACAAAUCCAUCCAAACUACCGAUGCACAAACUACGCAGGCAAACAAAUCCAUCUAAACUACCGAUGCACAAACUACCCAGGCAAAGAAAUCCAUCCAAACUACCGAUGCACAAACUACCCAGGCAAAGAAAUUCAUACAAACUACGCAGGCAAACAAAUCCAUCUAAACCACCGAUGCACAAACUACGCAGGCAAACAAAUCCAUCCAAACUGCGCAGGCAAAGAAAUCCAUCCAAACUACCGAUGCACAAACUACGCAGGCAAACAAAUCCAUCCAAACUGCGCAGGCAAAGAAAUCCAUCCAAACUACCGAUGCACAAACUACCCAGGCAAAGAAAUCCAUCCAAACUACCGAUGCACAAACUACCCAGGCAAAGAAAUCCAUCCAAACUACCGAUGCACAAACUACCCAGGCAAAGAAAUCCAUCCAAACUACCGAUGCACAAACUACCCAGGCAAAGAAAUCCAUCCAAACUACCGAUGCACAAACUACCCAGGCAAAGAAAUCCAUCCAAACUACCGAUGCACAAACUACCCUGGCAAAGAAAUCCAUCCAAACUACCGAUGCACAAACUACCCAGGCAAAGAAAUCCAUACAAACUACGCAGGCAAACAAAUCCAUCUAAACUACCGAUGCACAAACUACCCUGGCGAAGAAAUCCAUAUAAACUACGCAGGCGAAGAAAUCCAUAUAAACUACCGAUGCACAAACUACCCAGGCAAAGAAAUCCAUCCAAACUACCGAUGCACAAACUACCCAGGCAAAGAAAUCCAUCCAAACUACCGAUGCACAAACUACCCAGGCAAAGAAAUCCAUCCAAACUACCGAUGCACAAACUACCCAGGCAAAGAAAUCCAUCCAAACUACCGAUGCACAAACUACCCAGGCAAAGAAAUCCAUAUAAACUACGCAGGCUAAGAAAUCCAUAUAAACUACCGAUGCACAAACUACCCUGGCGAAGAAAUCCAUAUAAACUACGCAGGCGAAGAAAUCCAUAUAAACUACCGAUGCACAAACUACCCUGGCGAAGAAAUCCAUAUAAACUACGCAGGCGAAGAAAUCCAUCCAAACUACCCAUACAUACACCAUCUACCCAGGCAAAGAAAUCCAUACAAACUACCCAGGCAAAGAAAUCCAUCCAAACUACGCAGGCAAAGAAAUCCAUCCAAACUACGCAGGCAAAGAAAUCCAUCCAAACUACGCAGGCAAAGAAAUUCAGCCAAACUACGCAGGCAAAGAAAUCCAUCCAAACUACGCAGGCAAAGAAAUUCAGCCAAACUACGCAGGCAAAGAAAUUCAGCCAAACUACGCAGGCAAAGAAAUCCAUCCAAACUACGCAGGCAAAGAAAUUCAGCCAUACAAUCUCAAAUAUCGUCUCCACUAAAUCGGAAUCCAGCAAUAACUCUCUCAUAAUAAUUUUGAUAUUAGUUGGAUCUUUGAAGAUAGCAGUAAUAGCCGUUUUGAUUGGAUUAUUGAUUUAUUGGAAAAACAGACAACGAGGCCACAGAGAAAAUAACGCAAUGUCGGCACAAGAGCCCAUAUAUGAAGAGAUUGCCGGACUUUUCAGUAGUUCUGGACAAAAGUCCCAAACCGUGACCCCAGUACAUGGAGAAGGGUAUCUAUCCCCGAUGCCCCAACCAAACCCCAACGCAUCAGUUCAAAUACAAAGUGUGGAGGAAGCAUAUGCUGAUCCCCAAGAGGCCGAUUAUAUUGUCCCAGAAAAUAUUCCUGCAUCUACCCCACCUACCCCCAUACAACCUUUCAGAGACACACCCACCCCCCCAACCGAAUUGCCUCAUGAUGCUGAAGGAUAUGCCGUACUUAGCACCCCAUCAUUCCCUAGCACACCUCGUCGAACCCCGAGUGUCGAGGACGUGUAUGAUGAGGCUAAAAAUGAUGCUGCCCCGCUCAAUGCAAUUUAUGAUGACACGGGAACUGCCCCGCCAGAAAAUAUCACUGCCCCACCUAAUGCGAUUUAUGAUGACACAGGUACUGCCUCGCCAGAAAAUAUCACUGCCCCACCUAAUGCGAUUUAUGAUGACACGGGAACUGCCCUGCCAGAAAAUAUCACUGCCCCACCUAAUGCGAUUUAUGAUGACACAGGUACUGCCUCGCCAGAAAAUAUCACUGCCCCGCCCAAUGCGAUUUAUGAUGAUACAGGCACUGCCCUGCCAGAUCAUAUCACUGCCCCGCCCAAUGCGAUUUAUGAUGACACGGGAACUGCCCCGCCAGAAAAUAUCACUGCCCCACCUAAUGCGAUUUACGAUGACACAGAGACAAUCAUGGUUGGGGUUAAAGGUCAUUCUAUUUAGUCACAUACUAUGUGCUGCUAUUCUGCUUUGUGUUAGGAUGUUGUAACUAUAAUCUGUGUUAGCUGACUAAGAGAAGUCGUCAUCAUAAAUGGUAUGAAAAAUUAAAAAAAUAGAGAGUGUUGUUUUUGUUUUAUUUCAUGUAAUCAGAUUUCUUUUAAUGAUUUUGAGUGAAAUAUUUUGUUCAUUUAUGCUCUGUGAUUUCAAUAAUAAUUCAACCAUGACCAAACAAAGCAAUCUAAUAUCAGUGGUCUUUAACCAUUCACCUAUUUUGUACUUUUUUAUUCUCCCCCUCCCCCACUAUGCAUAAAUACUAUACUUAAGUUAUUUGUUCAAUCUUCGUUAUCUAGCGCCAAGCGCAAGUCGAACUCUGGCAUUUUGCAGUUUAGACUAUUUAUAAUCUAUCCCACUAGUUCUCAGCCAGGGGCCCAUGGCUCACUGCUGGGCCUCGGAAACAAUUUCUAUUCUAUAUAAUAAUUUUUUUAAACUUUUUGAUAAAUUAGUUGAAUUUGAUUGUAUUAGAAAUGAGUUGACAAAGUUGCUUUAAUGCUACUAAACAGUAAUUUUCAUUUUAAUUAUUAAAUUGAAACUGUCUAUCUUUGCGAAAAGAAUAUUUAUUUUUCUUGAAGUUUUUGAACCCCUUAAGUCUGCAUUACAAUAAUACUAAAUACUGAACAAUAUUUGUUGAACAACGCGAAAUACAAACAAAAAAUUUUUCUCCAAUAAUAAGAAAAUUCAUCUCUUGGGGAUUCCCCUUUGGUUCGGAGAUGUGUCAAAUGAACUUAUUUUGAGCUGAAUGAAGAAUAUUGAGAAUCUCAUUUUUUUUUAUUAUGAUUUGUCAAAUAAUGUUAAUGUCCAGCUAAUUGCCCCCCUACCCCCCAAAAUUAUAAAUAUGUUUACCUCAAAACGCUUAACAAUAUUAGUUGAACAACACCAAAUACGAAAUGAAAUUUUAUUAAAUUUCUCUGGGAGGAUGGGAUUCUAUCUCGUUCCACAAACAAACAUUGUGUUACAUGAACUGACUUUGAGCUGAAAGGAGCUUUAAAGAAUAUCAUGUGUUGCAUUUUUUAAUAUGAUAUUUUGUUGAUAAUGCCACAUUAAUGUAUAUUUUAUUGUCUCCUCAUUGUGGAGCCAAGAAAAUUACCAUGUUUGCCCUGAGUUAGUGAUCUAGAUGGGAUUUGCCCUUGUAUUGAUGUUGAAAUUCAAGUGAAUUCACUAAUCUGUGUUGAAAGUUCCAUUAUUUCUAUUUUUAUAUCAGCUGAUGUAGUUUUUUUUGGUUUUAUCAAGGUAAUAUGUUUUUAUUGUACCAUGUUUCAUGUCUUAACUCUGAACAAGCUAAAAAAAUAUAAUGCAGUGAUUCGCAGCCUUUGCUUAUUUCGUAUCUCUUUAUGUAAAAACUACUUUAUUUGUUAAAUCUUAAUAGAUCUCUAGCUAGUAAUAUGCACAUCUGCAUUCCCACUUUUGUACAGUUCAUAAAUUGUGUGCAUAAACAAGUAUUUAACAUUAAGGAAACUACAGCAAAUACAAAGCAAAAUUUUCCCCUAAGUACGCUAAGAUUUGGCAAGUAAAACUAUUUUAAAUUUCGGUACUUCCGUAGUAUGUGUAACAGGUUAGAGUUAGGCUAUCAUUUUAUCCCGAUUUUCCUCGUUUUAUUUCUAUUACUUGUUCGGUGACUGUCUGCGUUAGCCAAGUGAAUAUACCCCUACCCAUAGGUUUCAGUCCCUUUACACAACUUGAUGUAAAGCAGGCGAACAAAAUUAGUUAUUUUCAUAUUGUUACACAAACUUCUGGAGCACCGCUAUUUGUAUAGGACCCUGUUCAAAGUGAAAGCGAACUUAUUGUUUUUUUCUACAGUUUUUCCAUUUUUCUACUAAUCAGACGAUUUUUUAUUAUGUUUUAUUGAAUUUGUUAGCCUGACUUAGGACUAGAGAUGCAAGUUUCAGAAUUAAAGAGUUCAAUUUACUUAUUGUCUAUCAGCAAGGGGCGUGUCUAUGGAGGGGGUGCAAAUAGGCUGCUGGCAGCACGUUGUAAUAAUAAUACUAACAUUCCACUCCUGUAUGGGUCGCAUUUGGUCGGCGGUCCACAGGUUGCCCCCUGGUUUGUGGCAAUUUAAAAAUGUUCUUUGUACAAAUCGCUUUUCUGCGCUACCAAUCAGCCAGAUUUUCAGUACAAAUUUUUUCUGAGUCCUAUGGCACCUGAUACCUCACUUAAAAUUUGCUGUUUUACAUUAAUAAAUGGGAACACUGUUUAUGAAAUACGGGAACACUUUGUUUAGUCACACUCUCAUUUUCUUUUCAGAAAUCUCGAUGCUGAGCUAAGGUCUUACGUUUA